AUGGUAAACGCAUGGAACAAUAACUUGGCCAACAAAAGUUGGCAGAACCAACACAACUUCCAACUUCAAGCGAGUAACAGCAAUCAGCAAUCGUGGAACAACAAUUUACAAAACAAAAAUUGGCAGAACCAGAGGAACUCCCAGCUCCAAAUCAGUAAUAGCAACCAACAAGCGUGGAACAAUAAUGCACAAAACAGAAAUUGGCAGAACCAAAACAAUUUCCAGCUACAAGCCAGUAACAGCAACCAACAAGCGUGGAACAAUAAUCUACAGAACAGAAGUUGGCAGAACCAACGUAACUCCCAGUUACAAGUCAGUAACAGCAACCAGCAAGCAUGGAACAAUAACGCAAUAAAUCGUAACUGGCAAAACCAACGUAGCGCUCAGUUCCAAGCAAGCAACAGCAACCAACAAGUGUGGAACAACAGACUGCGAAAUAGAAAUUGGCAGAAUCAAUACAAUUCCCAGGUUCAAGCCAAUGCUAUCAACCAGCAAGCCGUGAACAAUGCUGUGCGUAAUGUCAAUUGGCAAAAUAUACAGAAUCAAAACCAAGCCAGCAUCAUCAACAAUCAAGCAAACCUACAAAACAUCGAAUUGCUGAACGCACAACGGGCCCAAAACCAAGCGAAUAUUAUCAACCGACCAGAAAUUGUCAAUGUUAACCGACCCGUAUUGGAAACUGUUGGAAUUAAUCGACCUGUCCCAGUAUUGAACCCUAUCAGACCCGCCAAUGUUGUUGAUGUUGUUAACCGACCUGCAGUCGAAGCAAUUGAAAUUAACAGGCCAGUUAGACCAACCAACGUUGUAGGUGAGUACACCAUUGAAUUUGUAGCAUCAUUGGAUAUCAUUGUAUCACUGUAG